AAUGGAUUUCGUAUCCUUUUUUUACAACAAGACCUAACCUGAGGAGUCAGUAGCUCUCAACCCCCGUCAUCGUCGUCACACGUUCAAGUCCAGUCCUUCUCCGGCCACCGUCUUCACCGCCUCACACGACGGUUCUCACCAAUUCAUCUUCACCGGCGCAACACUUCGAAUGGCUCUACCGCCAUUCGAUCCAUAUUACCUGUAUCAGUCAGAUGACCGGAGCAACAUCAACACACUCUUCGUCUCCGGUCUCCCAGACGACGUGAAGGCGCGUGAAAUCCACAACCUCUUUCGUCGCCGCCCAGGCUUCGACUCCUGCCAACUCAAGUACACCGGCCGCGCCAACCAGGUCGUUGCAUUUGCUACGUUUUUCAAUCAUCAGGCAGCAAUGGCAGCUUUGCACGCCCUAAAUGGUGUGAAAUUUGAUCCUCAAUAUGGGUCUGUUUUACAUAUUGAACUUGCCAGGUCAAACUCUAGGAGGAAGCGAAAACCAGGUGGUGGAGUCUAUGUGGUUAUAGAUAAAAGGUCAAAGGGGGAAGCCAAUGUUCAAGGAUCGUCAAGUGAUGAUGGUGAAAGUGAACCUGACGAACCAUCAGAAAAUGGCAGCAGCCAUGGUGAUGUAGCAAACACACAAAGUGGUGAUACUGCUGCUGUUGGCUCUGACAGUGUUGCACCUGUGGCAAGCGAGCAACACAAAAAGGGUGGUGGUGAUGGAGGACCAUGUUCCACUCUUUUUAUUGCAAACCUUGGUCCAAACUGCACUGAGGAUGAAUUAAAGCAAGCUUUUUCUGUGUAUGCUGGAUUCAACUUGGUCAAAAUGCGUUCUAGAGGAGGAAUGCCUGUAGCAUUUGCUGAUUUUGAGGAAAUUGAUCAAGCUGUUAAGGUCAUGGAGGAGCUUCAGGGAAGCUUGCUUCCAUCAUCGGAUCGGGGUGGCAUGCACAUAGAAUAUGCAAGGUCUAGAAUGAGGAAGAAGCGUUAGAAGAAAUUGGAGCUAGACGGUUUCUGGAUAAUUUUUGGGAUCCAUAUAAAAGAAAACGUUGUGUUUCAUCUGGAAUAGUAGUUGCAAUAUAGAGAAAGGUUGGUAAGAUUACAUAUUUAUCAAAUUGAGCACAGCAGACCAACUAUGUAAUAUGUUGGAAUUAAUCGAGGAAGAAAUUUAUUACCAUUUGGUAGGAAAGGUUGCAAAACUGGCUCUAUACUACAGCAAAAUUACGUUUUAACUAUA